CUUCCUCCCCAAAUCCCACACCAAAACUCUCACUCUCUCUCUCUCUCUCUCUCUCUCUCUCUCUCUCACACACAUCCGACACCAUCUUCCACAAGUCUCUGCUCAUCUUACACGGUGUGUUUGAAUUCCAGAUAGAGGAAGCAGAUAUAGAUGGCACAUUUGCUUUCAACUUCGUAUUCUGUAAAAUUUACCUCUGGAUGCAAACCCUACGCAAAGCCAUUGAUCCAAGACUCGGCCUUAUUUCCCAAGUCUGUUACGUUUCAGACAUCCAAAGCCCCAUUUACAAGGCUCCUCUUGCAAGGGGAGAGGUCAAGAAGUAACUGCACAGUUCCUGCCGCCACACUCUCUGCAAAUCGCGAAGCACCAAAUGAACCGAGUCAGGGGAUGCACCAGAGUUCUGGUGAGCCAACCAAAUCGAAGAGGGUCAUGGUCAUUGGUGGAGAUGGCUACUGUGGUUGGGCCACUGCCCUUCACCUGUCCAAGAAAGGUUAUGAGGUUGCCAUUGUUGACAGCCUUGUUCGUCGUCUAUUUGACCAACAGCUUGGUAUCGAUUCCUUGACUCCAAUCUCCUCCAUCCAUGAUCGUCUCCGUUGUUGGAAGGCUCUCACGGGAAAAUCUAUUGAACUCUACAUUGGUGAUAUUUGUGACUUUGAGUUCUUAACAGAUGCCUUCAAGUCAUUUGAGCCUGAGGCUGUUGUUCAUUUUGGGGAGCAGCGGUCAGCUCCUUAUUCCAUGAUUGAUCGCUCAAGAGCAGUAUAUACACAGAAUAACAACGUGAUUGGAACCCUGAAUGUGCUAUUUGCUAUAAAGGAGUUUGGAGAGCAGUGUCAUCUGGUCAAGCUUGGGACCAUGGGAGAAUACGGAACUCCAAAUAUUGACAUCGAGGAGGGUUACAUAACAAUUACUCAUAAUGGAAGGACAGAUACUUUGCCUUACCCCAAGCAAGCAAGCUCUUUCUACCAUUUGAGUAAGGUGCAUGAUUCAAACAACAUAGCCUUUACUUGCAAAGCUUGGGGGAUCAGAGCCACAGACCUCAAUCAAGGAGUAGUAUAUGGUGUGAGAACAGAUGAAACUGAGAUGCAUGAAGAGCUAAUUAACCGGUUGGACUAUGACGGAGUGUUUGGAACUGCAUUAAAUAGGUUCUGUGUUCAGGCUGCUGUUGGUCAUCCGCUUACUGUGUAUGGCAAAGGUGGCCAGACCAGGGGAUAUCUUGACAUACGAGAUACAGUCCAAUGCGUUGAGAUUGCCAUUGCAAACCCAGCACUGCCUGGUGAGUUUCGGGUCUUCAAUCAAUUUACUGAGCAGUUUUCUGUCAAUGAACUCGCUGCGCUGGUUACAAAAGCUGGGGAGAAGCUGGGACUUGAUGUGCAGACCACAUCAGUGCCAAACCCAAGAGUUGAAGCAGAGGAGCAUUACUACAAUGCCAAGCACACAAAACUUAUUGAGUUGGGACUUAAACCCCACCUUCUUUCCGACUCUCUUUUGGAUUCGUUACUCAAUUUUGCUGUUAGAUAUGAGGAUCGUGUUGACAAAAAGCAGAUUAUGCCCAGUGUUUCUUGGAGGAAAAUUGGGGCCAAGCCGAAAACUGUUGCUGCAUAGUUAAAGGGUAGAUGUCAUAUAGCUGUAUACGUAUGUUAAGGAUAUUGUUGAUCUUUGAAUUAUCUAUCUUCUCAGUUGGUAGCAAGUUUGCAACUUCUAUCAUCUCAUAAACUGUGUGCGGUCAGUGAUUGCUCAGUUGCAAUCUAGGAAAUAGUUAAUUUUCUGAGGCCAAUCGUAAUCUUGCAGAUUUGCAAGAAUUAUUAUCAUUAGAAUCAUCAUCUUCACUUCAGUAAGAUUUAAGAUUAUUUAUUACUCGA